AUGACUAUCUUAUUACCAGUAAUAAACUAUAUAGUGGAUGAGAUCGUAUUGGAGUUUUUACGAACCAACCAAUACCGAGACCAAUCAUCUUACUAUAACAGUGACUGGAACCACAAUAACAAGAACUCAGUAGACGAGAACAAUAACAACCAAGUCGAGUUUGAUGAUAUUGGUGAGCUAGUCGGAGACUGGGCUACGGAACCCUGGGCACCGUGUGACGAUGUCGACAUUCCAGAUUGGGCCAAGUUGGAAGGUCCAAAGGUCGAGGAAAGAAAUGAUUUAGUUUGGGCUGAAGAUCCCUGGAUCCAAACACCCCUUACUGAUAUCCCAGCCUGGAUGCAGCUCUCUGGCAUUGACUAUGACGUACCAGAAGAGACAGGACACAAAGGUGGGAACCUCGAUGAUACCACGAACAACGACGAAGACUUUCUAUCGUCAUGCGUUGAAGUUGACAAGUGGUCGGACGAAGAGUUUUUACAAUAUCCACUUGAUGUUCCUAGCUGGGCAUUGCUCCCUGGAAUAGACUAUCCUACAAGGCGAGGAAAGAGUCUCUACUGGGAGAAACAAAUACAGCGAUAUGAGAGAGUGAGAAAUAGAUUUAGUCGAAAGAUCUAUGGAAGAAUAAUGCCGACUAUUCUAGAAGAGAAACUAGUGUAUAAUAAUGAUGCCAAACCAAUGCUGUUUGUUCCUGGUAGAUAUUGUAGAAUGUGUUAUUGGUUCUAA